CCCACCGGCUUGCUCGCGAGGAAGGAAGCGUUUUGCUAAAAUACGCUUGUAACAUUAACGUUAGUUAGCAGGUUAUCGACUAAAGUUUUUACUGUAAUAUGUGUUUGCUCUGCCUACUUGCGGACGGAAUAAUUGAGCCAUACUAAAUCCACGAAGUUAGCCUGAUGAUUAACGUUAGCUGCUAAUAUUAUGGGCGAGCGGUCUAAAGCAACGUUCUUUUAUGAAAUAGCUAACUAUGGUAGGCCGUUACGUUAGAAUAGCUCACGUCUCGAGUUGCCACUGCGGUAUGACAAAAUUUAAGUUGGGCUGUCCAAGAUGACCACCAUUGUCCACGAUACCACAGAGGCUGUUAAAUUGUCCCAGGCACACAACCUUUACUUGAAGCCCAUUGCGAAGAUGACAAUCAAUGUUGGCCUCCCUCAACUUAAGCUGCCUGGCAAGUCUAUCUCUAACUGGGAGGUGAUGGAGCGACUGAAAGCCAUGGUGCAUCCCGAUCAGUUUUCCUCCCUGCGCAUCUCCAAGAGCACCAUGGACUUCAUUCGCUUUGAGGGAGAGGUGGAGAAUAAGAUUGUGGUCAAGUCUCUCCUUACCAAACUGGAUGGCAAGAGUAUUAAGCUGAGCGGCUUUACAGACAUAUUGAAAGUCCGUGCUGCAGAAAACAAGGUAGACUUCCCCACUCGCCAUGACUGGGACUCUUUCUUCAGGGAUGCCAAGGACAUGAAUGAGACUGUGCCAGGAGAACGGCCCGACACCAUCCACCUGGAAGGGCUGCCUUGCAAGUGGUUUGCCCAGAAGGAUGCCUCGCCAGACAAGCCCUCUGAAUCCGUGCUCAAGGCGGUGUUUGAGGGAUUUGGCAAGAUUCGGAAUGUUGACAUCCCCAUGCUGGACCCUUAUAGGGAGGAGAUGACCGACAAAAACUUCAACACAUUCACUUUUGGCGGACACCUAAACUUUGAGGCCUACGUCCAGUUCCAGGAGUAUAUCGGUUUUGUGAAGGCCAUGGACACACUACGAGGGAUGAAGCUGAUGUUCAAAGGAGAAGAUGGAAAAGCUGUAGCUUGUAAUGUCAAGGUGGCAUUUGACACGACCAAGCACCUGAGUGAAUCAGCAGUGAAGCGGAGACAGCAGGAGAGACUGAAGCUGCAGGAGCUGGAGAGGCAGAGAGAGGAGCAGAAGCGCCGGGAGAAGGAGGAGGAGGAGAGACGCAAAGAGGAGGAGAGGAAGCAGCGUGAGCAGGAGGAGGAGGAGAAGGAGCGGCGUAAGGUGGAGAAGCUGCGCCGGCGGGAGCAGAAGCUGCGUGAGCGCGAGGAGAAGCGCAACCAGAAGAAGAUGAAGCGGCAGCAGGAGGAGGAGCAGCGCAAGCUGCAGCUGAAGAUCGCCACGGAGGAGCGCAAGCUGCUGCUCGCCCAGCGCAACCUGGAGUCCAUCCGGCUGGUGGCCGAGCUGCUGAGUCGGGUCAAGGUCAGAGCAUGCCUGGCUAUGCGCCCCGCACACCAGCUGACCACCAGCACCACGGCGUCUGAACAUAGCUUGCGGCAGCAGCAGCUGGAGCAGGAGCGUGAGGAGCAGGCGCAGCAGCAGAAGGCGGAGGUGGCGCGACUGCAGCAGCUGGAGGAGCGUCGGCGGCAGCAGGAGGCCGAGCUGCGGCGCGUGGAGAGCGAGAAGGCCCGCGCCCUGGAGCUGCAGCGCAAGGAGAGGGAGCUCCGCGACCGGCUGCUGGGGAACCUGCUGAAGAAGAGCACGGCCACGACCAGGCAGCCCGACCAGGAGGAGGGGGAGGAGGAGGAGGAGGAGGAGGGGGGGCUGGGGCUGGAGCUCUUUGUGAGAGACCCAGUCUUGGGAGUCCAGCUGGAGUGCCAGACUUUCCAGGCGGGGGCUCAGGUGAACGGGGUCUGCCACGGGGCAGGCAGGCCGCUGGGGGAGGGACUGAGCCGGCAGAGGAAAGGAGAGCGGGGGGACCGGGCCGAGCAGGGGGACCGGCACGCAGAGCGGAGCAGAGGGCGAGGCGGAGACGGCGACCGCGACCGCGAGCGCACGCGCAACCUCCACAGCAGCAGGAGACGCAGUAGGAGCAUGAGGAGGCGCAGCCUGGAGCGGAGCCGGGCCCCGAGGAGAGGCGGCGGCGGCGGCGGCAGCAGACGGAGCCCCGAUGGCCGAGGUAGGGACGGGGACGGCAGCGGCGGCCGGAGGAGGCGCAGCAGGAGGAGAAGCGAGAGCCGGCACCGGCGCAGCCACAGCAGGAGUCGCGGCCGCCGGAGCAGGCGGAGCUGGAGCAGUAGUGGGCGGAGCAGCAGGAGCAGCAGCGGCGGCACGAGCAGGAGCCGCGGCACACGCCGCCGCCGGGGGAGGAGCCUCAGCAGAAGCUCCUCCUCCAGCCGCGAGAGGCGGGACCACAGACAUCACAGUCGCAGUUCGGACAGAAACCACUCAAGACGUCGCUAAGCAAAAGUGCUGUCACUGAUAGCAUGUCAGAAUAGGAAGAGUAUAUUAGCUUUGGUUGUGAGAACCGAAAUAAUGCUCAAAAUAAAACUUGACUUUUGAUUGUAAUAGAAAUGGUGGCAUAUUUGGUUAAAUGUCCACUGUCUGUGCACUACUAUGUUAGAAAACAAUUCUGUUUUUAAGGCAGAGAGUUUAGCUGCUUAUCAGGAGAGAUCAGUCUCUUUCCCAAGUGCUGUGCUGGAUUUUCUGGAUGUCAUCAUAGUUUAGAGAAAAUACCUCAUCCUAAACGGUUUUCCAUCAAGUGAUGAAAGAUCAGUUCUGUAGUACCUGUGCUAAAUGAUGCGUUACGGCCCUUUGAGUUUAUAUACUCAUCUUGAGGACUUUUUAGGAGACAUCAAGUUUUGGUUCAUUUCAAAUGACUGAAUUUCAUUGUACUCAUGUGUUACACAGAAAUAAUUUGCCUAUAGCCUUUAAGUAAGUGCUUAAACCAUUUUGCCAUUUGUCCAUGUUUGAGAGAGAACUGAAUCACUUUCCCUGAGGCCAGACUAUUUGGACCUUAGUGAACACUGCCAGGGAAAAUCUGGAUUUGUGUGUGGUUUAUGAAAUAGACCUGUGGAUUAAUUUGACAACCCUGGUCCAGAUUAUUGGUAAAUGCCAAAGAUGUGGAAAUGAUCAACUUUUUAGAGAAUAGAAAUGAAAUACACAAAAGAAAAAAGUGACACAUUCAAUAUGUAGCUAGCGCUAGUUGCUAGAUGUUUUAUGUUUCAAGAUAUUUUACGUUUUAUUUAUUUUUUGUUUUAUUUUUCAUAGACAAACUGUUUUUUUAUUGUCUAGCUGAACUGCAUUGCCGUGCCUCCAUGAUGACUGGGGGAAGUUGAGUUUCCGUUCAAGACCGCCCAGUGUGUUCAGACGCAAUAGAGUGAGAUGUACUGUGACUGUGGACAGUUCGGCAGUGUCUAAACCAAUAAUAAUUACCCACAGGGUUUGAGUUGAAGUUUGGGAAUAAAAGGGAAGUAGUUUUGAUUUGGACCGGGUCAGUUCCUUACCUUACCAAUACUGUUGCAUGUGCUGUCUGCGCCUCCAUAACAGCCAGCAUUCUAAUCACCGUUGUCCCUUUUAAUAAUCCCCAAAUAAAUCUCCUUUAAAUGA